AUGGAGCUGAUCUGGGUACAGAAGUCUGAUGCAGAUUUCACACGUAAUGGAGUAUACAGAGUAUUGAAAGAUGAACCAGAAAAUGGCACCUUCCAAAGAGAAGAGGAAAUAGAAGAAACUGAAACUGACAUUGAGCCAGUGUCUACUCAGGACUAUGAGGCUGACAAAGAAGAGUCAGAAGAUGAUGGGGAAGAAAGUAGUGGAUGGCAAGACAGAUUUAGUGAAGAAGAUUUCAACAAUAAUAAGAUUGAACUUACAACAGGUGCUCAAGAGUGGCCUGAUGGCUCCAUCUAUAAAGGAGAAUUUGGAUUUGAUCUAAAACUUGGAUAUGGAGAAUUUGUGUGGGACAGUGGUGAGAGAUAUGUGGGCCAAUUUUAUAAAGACCAUCGUCACGGCAAAGGUUCUUACUUUUGGCCUGAUGGCUCCAAAUUCACUGGAUCAUUUUAUCUUAGUCAUAAAGAAGGCUAUGGAACCAUGGAGUUUAAAGAUGGAAGACUGUAUCAGGGGCUUUACAAGGCUGAUGAGAGAUUUGGUCCAGGGAUUGAAAGUUAUCCAGAUGAUAGUCAAGAUGUUGGCUUAUGGCAUCGAAAUCAUAUAAUCAAAUUGUGUACUGAAAUUCCUGGGCAUUUUUCUCUUCUGGAGUUCCCAGAACUCAAUGCCUAUUUUGAGACAGAGGACAAUAAACAAUAUAUUUCAGAAGAGAACAGGACAGAGGGGAGCCUGAAUGAGGCGACGGACCCGUUUUUUUACUGCUACAAGCGUCUUCUCUUAAAUGAUGAUAGCUACACAUUGCCUGAAAAAAUGUAUAUAUACUCAAUUGAUGCCGAUCAUCUUCCUCUUACUUGCUCCUUCUGGAAAGAGUUUGAUUUGCAUUAUUUUAAGAGAAAAAAACAAAUGCCUUAUGAAGAAUCAUGGCCAGUUACUAAUAUAACCCCUUUAAUGGUCAGAAUGCAGAAACACAUCUAUAAAUAUAGGCACUGUCAGGCAGACAUUGACUGGGAUGUUAAUUUCAUUCUGGGAGGCCAUCGUAUUCGAUUUGGAUCCAAAGGCCCCAAAGAGCUUGCAUCUGAACUGCUGAUUGAGAAGUCAGCUGAAGGAAACUAUAAUGGAGUAUAUACAGUCCUGAAGGACAACCUGGUCCACCCAGACGUAGCCGAUGUACAUGGCUACACGGCUCUUGCUGCUGCUGCUACAAAUUACCAUGAUGACAUCAUCAAUCUUCUUCUCGAUAAUGGGGCUGAUGUGAAUAAAUGCAGUGAUGAAGGAUUAUCAGCCCUAUCUAUGUGCAUUAUUCGUUAUUUCCCUGCAGAAUCUUUUCAGCCCAAUAUUGCUGAAAGGAAUAUCUCUAGAAAAGAGGAACCAGAAGCAUCAGGUUCAGGGACACAGCCAGAGGCUCCUCGGCUUUCUAUGGACACUGCAGAAAAGAAAGAGUCCUUGAGUUCAGCCCCUGCAUCUGCAGGGGGAGUAGCUGUCUCUGCUGAUAAGACAGAUUCUAGCACAGAGUCUGAGGCUAAUACAUCGGAGGAUGUGGUAUCUCAAGAUGGAGAAAAGAGGACCUCAGACAGCCUUGAGACCCACUAUGGUAUUUACAACUUUAAGAUGCCUGUCACUGCAGAAAUCUUGCAGCGUGGCGCAGCUGUUCUCAGCCAACAUAUGUUGACAAUACCCUACACUCCGGAUGUUGGGGAAGUUCAGCAUGAAGGCACAUUGAGAAGGAUGGUGAUAUCCAUAACAGAGAACAAAAAGAAGUUGACUACAAUCAAACUACUCCUAAAGAGAGGUGCAGAUCCCAAUAUAUGCAGCAUCCCUAUGUACGUCCUUUUCUUUGCUGUGAAAUCUGCAGAUGUGGAAGUAGUGAAGCUACUUUUAGAAGCUGGAGCAAGGACAGAUAUAAGACUUCCAACCAAACUUGGUGGUGUAGCUCCACUUCAUAUUGCUGCUGCCCUUUCAGCUGAAGAAGGGGUUAAAAUAACAGAAUUACUUCUUCAUUCAGCAACAGACCCUGAUAUUAGGGCAGAAGAUAAGGAUGACAUUUACAGACAAGACGUGGUUGGCCUCCAAAAGGCUGAACCUUCUGAAGCAACAUCAAUGAUGAAACUAUAUAAUGAAACUGGACCACCCAAAGGCUAUUACACAGAAUGUACCAUUAUCCCAGAGGAAGGUGGGAGGACACCUCUUCAUAUUGCCUGUGAGAGGGAGGACAAUCAUAAGAAUGCAAGUGAUGUUGUUCAUCUUCUUUUAAAUCACAGUGCAAAUCCAAAUCUCCUCUGGAGUGGCCAUUCCCCUCUUUCUCUGGCCAUUGCUAGUGGAAAUGAUCUGGCAGUGGCUGAGCUUUUGGCUGCUGGAGCUGACCCAAAUCUCCGAUUAAGCCAAGCUGUUGGAAGUGCCCUGUGUGCCGUUGUUAACCCUGCAUAUGACCAGAACAAGACGUUAGCACAUAAGAUUUCUCUUAUUAAUACUCUAAUAGCUGGAGGUGCAGACAUGUUGAUGCCCAUUACCAUUGGGGAUGAUACUAAAGCUGCAGUGGGAACGGUACUUGACUAUGCACAUUUCAAAUACUCUCAGGAUAAGAAACUGUCACACACCCCGUUCCAUGCUUUGUCACCAACUGAGCGGGAGACCUUCAAUAAUCGUAGGAAGUUGCUAGAAUAUCUUAGCGACCGGCUUCGUGAGUGUGUCAUUGGGCAAGAAAAACGAUGGGAUCGGGAAGAACUUCGUAGACUCAGAUUUACAAUGGGAAAAAGGAAAUCAGCAGGAUCUGCAGGAGUGACGCAAGAAACUGAUGCAGGAUGUCCUUUCUUUAAAUAUUGCUAUCAAUGUGGGCGAUCUGUAGGUGUGACCCUCACACCUUGUGUACGCUGUUAUGAGAACUUUUCCUGCAGCAAAUCUUGUAAAGUGAAAUCAUGGAACGAGCGUCAUAAACGAGAGUGUUUAUCAGUAAGGCGAAAGCUCCGGUCAAAAGUCAAAGCAGUUCCCAUUGAAAAGCUAAAGGAGAGAAAAGCAGGCAAAUCUACAAAAGAGACAGUGAAAAAGAAACCAAAAGAAGAUAAGCAUGUUGUUGGGGAAAGCAGUAAACAGGCGGAUCUCCCUUACACUGGAAACUAUAGUUACAUUUAAAUGUCAGCAUUUUUACUUUGGUAUCUUGCAGCUGUAACUUGUUAUGAAAAAUGCUUUAUGAGGAAGAUGAAAAAAAGAGACUAGAAGAUGUAACUUUAUGUAGUGCUUGCAUUCUUGUCUCAAUAGUAGUAAAAAGCUUCUUGAUGUAUUUUAAAAGUGACCAAUGCCCGGUGAUUCAAUUCAUGGAUGCGGAAGUUACCUGCCUAAACGAUUUCAUUACACAAGCUAGAAACCCAACUGUUUACCAUGAAGUAUGUAAAUAGUUCAAAUAACUUCAGCCUAAGAUUCACUGGAUGACUUUAUGGAGGUGUAGCACAGAAGAAGCUAGAGCUAUAGCCCCUUUGUCCAUGUCUUUUCAGUGCCACAGCCUUUGGCCUAAUAAAACUUAUCUGUAAAGGGGCUUUCUGUGUUGGAGGUGCCAACUUGUGUAUUUUAUAUAACACUACAGUGGUCAGUGGAAGAACAGGGAAAUAACUUUUCAGUGUGUAUGCUCCUUUCUUUAGAGAAUAUACCUGCAAAUGGAUUCAGGACUUUCAUAAUGCCACAGCAAUUUCCUUUCUGACAGGCAUGAGGAGGAGUUGAUUAGAUGGGACUCUUUCCCAAUGUAGUUUUAAUAGGAAAAUAAACAGAGCUGGUCCAGCAAACACUUAAGGUAUGCCACUCCUAAUUCUUAAAUCCAUCGGAUUUAAGGAUCAAACCCUUUACUGAAGAUACAGGAUAUGAAUCUGCAGGAUUGAAACAGGAAUUUGUUACCUAUGUUCUCCGUUUUAGUUAAAUAGAAAAGUGUAGGAUUGAUCUUAACAGAAGUUUAAUGAUGAAACAUUUGGUAGUCUUAUUGUCAGCCAUUAUUUUCAAAUAUGGAUUAUAAUGAAUCACCUCAAUAGCUGAGCAAUAGUGACCUAUCAGUUACAGGUCCUGUUGCAGUUGGUGGAAUCUUAGGGGCAUUUAACAGGCCUUUUGGUUUCUACAUAGAAUGAAAAGAAGCCAGAGCAGAGCUUCUCAGCUUCAGCUUAAAAUACAUGGGUAUUUUAAGGCUACCAGUUUAUUUUAUUAUGGUCUCAAUGUUACCAUAUUGUGCACAAUUUGUUUGUGUGAUUUUACAUAGAACAUAGUGUGUACUGUGAUUUUAGAUGCUGCAUUGUAAAUUUAUUUUGAAAGCGUUUUAUUUCCCUAUUUUAAACAAAUAGAACUCACAUAUAUUACAUUGUUGUUGUAUAUGUGUAUGAUUACAUGUAAAAUAUUUUAUUUUUAGUGUAAUGUUCAUGUUCUUAAUUAUCAUUGUGACUUAAGUUACUGUCAUAGCCUUGAACAAAUUCAGAACAAAUCAAUUUAGAAACACAUACUUAUACUGAACUAGGUAACGAAUUGAACCAUUUAUCCUGGUUAUUUGUAUGCUAAUUGAGAAGACUGUAUAUAAUUCUCUGCAUAUGCAAACUAUGUCUAAUGUGUGUGUCUUUUAAAGAGCUGUUUAAACCAAUAAAUGCUU